CCAGCGGAGGCGGCCACGCACCUUUGGAAUUACAAGAACCAGCAACCUUGCCUUGCAGCUUUCGGCGGAAGUUUUCCCGAUCAAAGACAUGCACUGAGCGUCACCUGGAGAGAAAAUGUACACCACGGAGCGCAGGCGAAUGAGCCUGCGCGACUCCAAGAGGAAGGAUCCCACCUGGGUGUCAGCUGGAAGUUUGUGGCAGGACUCUGAGUCGGUAGACCUGAGCGCCAGCGGCUCGGGUAAACAGAUCAUUUCUCCGCGGAGUCGGACCAGAGCGCUGUCCGUGGCGUACAUCGUCAACGGGGACGCAUCCGUGCCGCAGACCGAGGAGAACCUAUCCCUCAAAUGUCUGAAGGAAGCCUGCGCGGACACACACGCAGUUUUCAAAACCUUUUCAUUCGAGAGAAUAUCCCUUGGUACCACGGACAUCCUGGAUAGUUUCUACAACGCAGAUGUAGCGGUGGUGGAGAUGAGUGACACUUUCUGCCAGCCUUCACUUUUCUAUCACCUUGGCGUGAGAGAAAGUUUCAGUAUGACCAAUAACAUAAUUCUGUACUGUUACAAGCAAGACAAUGACCUACAAGCUGUGAAGGAGCAGUGUGGAUGUUACACCUUCAUUCCUUACGUGGUGUCACCUCAGGGCAAAGUGUUUGCCUGUGACGCCACAAUGAUGACCUGUAUCAAGGAGCUAAUGCAGCCUAGUUUCCAGCUGGAACCCCUUCUUACCCCGCUAGUGGACAGACUGGUGCACAUGCUCAACAACGUCCACGUUCAGUCCAGUGAGUACUUUCGGGAGUCCAUCAAUCAUGAGAUCCGUAUAGCGCGGGAGAGAUUCAGCGGCCGAGUCCUGAGUGAGGAGUUGAACCGCAUCCAGAAACGUUUGGACAGUGUAGAGCUGCUUACCCCUGAUAUAGUCAUGAACCUCUUGUUGUCCUACAGGGACAUUCAGGACUAUGAUGCCAUAAUCAAACUGGUGGAGACUCUGAAUAACCUGCCAAUGUGUCGGAUAGCAAAACAUCAGAACAUAAAGUUUCACUAUAUAUUUGCCCUGAACAGGAGGAAUCAACCCGGAGACCGAGCUAAGGCCUUAGAAACAAUACUGCCUAUUGUGGAGAUGGGAGAAAAGGUGGCGUCAGACGUGUACUGUCUCUGUGGACGCAUUUACAAAGACAUGUUCAUGGCCUCAGGGUUCACUGACCAGCGCAGCAGAGACCAGGCCUGUUACUGGUACGGAAAAGCCUUUGAAACGGAGCCAACGCUUCACUCAGGCAUCAACAACGUGGUCCUCCUGAUGGCAGCUGGACAUGAAUUUGAGACUUCCAUUGAGCUGCGCAAAAUAGGUGUGACUAUAAGCAGCCUGCUUGGUAGAAAAGGUAGUCUGGAGAAGAUGAAGGACUAUUGGGAUGUAGGUUUCUACCUCGGAGCAAACAUUCUUGCUAACGAACACAGGAAAGUCAUAGAGGCCUCAGAGAAGCUCUACAGACUCAAGGCCCCCAUUUGGUAUGUGGCGUCCAUCAUGGAGACAUACAUCCUCUACCGCCAGUUUGCCAAGUUGGAUGAGGUGAGAUCGGCCAAACAAGAUACGGUGGAUUUCUGGAUGGAGCUGCUUUUGCAGACGUGCAAACCCACCGUCUCAAUAGACCGCUGCCCGGUUCUCAUUCUGGAGCCCAGUAAAAUGCUCCAACCAGCUAUUGUGUGUGUGAGCGAGGAGGAUGAAAGUCGCACUGUCCAGUUGAAACAUGUAACACUACUAAAGAAAGGUUUAAACCAGUGGACUUUCCCUGCCUCUGCAAUUCGGGGAGUCAGUGCGUCGAAGAUUGAUGAAAGGAGCUGCUUCCUGUAUGUCCACUUCAACUCGGAUGACUUCCAGCUCUGCUUCCCCUCUGAGAUUCACUGUAAAGGGUUCUGCGAGCUGGUGAAUUCUUUGCUUCAGCAGGCUGAAAACUCAGCUCAGGACCCAGAACAUCUGUCUGAGGGAAUUCUAGAGUACAUCUAUGAGACCAAUGAGAGUGGAGACAAGGUGAUUCUUGGUAAAGGGACCUAUGGUGUGGUAUAUGCAGGAAGGGAUCUGAGCAACCAAGUACGAAUCGCCAUCAAGGAGAUUCCUGAGAAGGACAGCACGUAUUCCCAGCCCCUUCAUGAAGAGAUAGCUCUGCACAAGAGGCUCAAACACAGGAAUAUUGUCCAGUACCUGGGUUCUGUCAGUCAAGAUGGUUUCAUCAAGAUCUUCAUGGAAGAAGUCCCAGGAGGAAGUUUGUCAUCUCUUCUUCGCUCCAAAUGGGGUCCUCUGAAAGACAAUGAAGCCACCAUCAUCUUCUACACCAAACAGAUUCUCGAAGGACUCAAAUACCUUCAUGAUAAUCAGAUAGUCCACAGAGACAUUAAGGGUGACAAUGUAUUGAUCAAUACCUAUAGUGGAGUGUUGAAGAUCUCUGACUUUGGAACCUCUAAACGGUUAGCAGGGAUUAACCCCUGCACUGAGACGUUUACUGGAACUCUUCAGUACAUGGCCCCAGAAAUUAUAGACCAAGGGCCUCGGGGUUAUGGAAAGCCAGCGGAUAUCUGGUCCCUUGGGUGCACUAUCAUAGAAAUGGCAACAGGAAAACCACCCUUCCAUGAGCUGGGAAGCCCUCAGGCAGCCAUGUUCAAGGUGGGCAUGUUUAAGAUCCACCCUAAGGUUCCAGAGUGUAUGUCGGAUGAGGCCAAGGGCUUCAUCAUGAACUGUUUCGUGCCAAACCCAGAUGACAGAGCCACGGCCGCAGAACUGCUAGGAGACACCUUCCUCAGGUCCUCCCCGAAGAAGAAGACCAAAGCUCCACAGGAGUUAGAACCUAAGGACUCCUUGUCUGCAACUGACUAUCAGCGCAGUCUAUCUGUGCCUGUCUCCAUCCUUGUGGAGGACACUGAUUCAUACUCAAACUCAAUUGACCUGUCUUGUUCACUGGACCUGAGGAGGCACAAGAUGGCCCUUGGAGAACAAGAAAUCUCAGAGAGUCCACCAACCACCACCAGCUUACUGUCUCUACCAGAAGACUCCGCCCCAGACAUGAGCAGCCCUGCCUCAACUCACGAGAGUGUCGGCCUGUUUAUGCUGAGAAAGGAUAGUGAGAGGAGAGCCACACUGCACCGAGUUCUCACUGAAUACAUCAGCCAUGUCGUCUCUAAUAUACAGGAGUCGGUGCCUCAGUACGGCGAUGGGCUCACUGUGAACCACAUCACCCAACUCAUAAUUUGCUUGCGAGACAACAUCCGCUCUCCAGACAGGAAGCAGCUGACCGGUGCUCUCCUCAACCUUCGGGGCACUCUCUUUGCUGCCACAGUUCCUGUGAACAGCCUGCAGGCGGUGCUGUUUAACUUCCAAGAUGCGGUGAAGAGAGUGUUGAAGCAACAACAGGUGAAGCCUCAUUGGAUGUUUGCUCUGGACAAUCUGCUGAGACAGGCAGUACAGGAGGCCAUAACUGUACUACUACCAGAACUGAAACUCCAGCUGCAGUCCUCGUUUGAGAUGGAUGACAGCAUUCCUGAGGAGCAGCCAGCUGACCCAGACACGCCUGUAGUUAUUGUCCCUGACCAGUCGAUGGUGCCACUAGACGUGGAGCGUGCGCCGCCCCAAGAUGAGCCCUUGCCCACGGACAGUACUAACUCCCCUACGGACCUUGUCAUUAAUGCCAACUGUCCCCUCAGUGAGCAGCUGAGAGACAUGCGAUUAGAGACCAGGAGACUGCUGAGUCAGCUCAGCGAGAAGGAGAGGGAGUACCAGGAGCUGCUGAGGAGCACCGUCCUGAGGAAACAGCAGCAAAUUGACGUACUGAGGAAAUCAUCAGUUACUGAAGAUGGCGAGGCCGAGUCAGAGAAAAGCUCUAAUCCAGAGGCAAAGGCUUUGGUUCGAUGGCUCAGGUCUGUCCCUGUAGAUCAAGACACCGUUGAUAAGUUACUCUCUCACAAGUUCACCUUGGACUGUCUCCUCUACAUUGCCUCAAGGGACGAUUUGAUUUACUGUGGCAUAAGAGGCGGCAUGCUGUGUCGGAUCUGGGCGGCCAUCACAGCUCGCCGGAAGACCCAGCUCAGCACACACAACGAGGAGAGCGAGGACACCGUUCUUUGAUGACUGCUGAUGUUGUACGUCACAGUUAGUGUCAGGCAGGCUGGCCCUGUGUGAUCUGGAUACACUUUGUUGACUUUGCUGAACUGUGAAUUAAUUUUUUUCAAACGAUACGUAGCCACUUCUUCCAGUUUUUGUGCAUACAAACGUCUUCCCCUCCUUUUCGAUAUCAACAUUUUAUUUUAUUUUUUUACCUUUUCUCAGGGCUUUGGCAUGUGGGACUGUAACUAUGCAUUCACAAAAUGUUGCCAAGUGUUACAAACUAUUUUAUUGUUAAUUUUUAUGAUGCCUUUAAUGACACUGUUUGUUUGUGUUGUUGUUUUGAAAGCUAUAGUAGAUUUAAGUUAUUAGGGAUAUAAUGUAUGUGAGAUGAAUGCCUCCGUAUUCUUACUUGGGUUACUCAGACAACCUGUUGAAACGUGUUCAGUAGUAAACAGGAACACUGAAUCUCUGGGACUGGCCUGUUAUCUACAUGCACACGUUUGUCUGUAAUAGGGAAAUCGUUUUUGAGGGAAUGACAUAGGAUGGAAGAAGUGAUGCAGUGGCAAACAGUCUUUAAAUUCCACACGUGCUUCCUCAUCUGUUUUCACAAUGUUGACGUCUCCGUAGAAACAGUGGCAUGGACUUUGUCCGGGUGUCUCGAAUACAGCAAGUCUACUGUUUGACAUUGGGCACUCUAGGUGAGGAGGCCUUUCUGAUCAGUCAUUCUGGUUUUCAAUUCUUUAACACACGAGUACGAAAACGUGUGUCAGAAUGGAGCCUCAAAAAUGAAGCGGUGAUCAUUUCGUUUGGAGUACGAACAUCUGCACAUGCUGUAUCUGAUUGCUUUUUGUUUCCAAUAUUUCCUCAUCGCACGGAGAUCUCAGCGAUCCUGUGCCAGAUAAGAGGAUGUUCAUUAUUUUGAUAAGCUGCACAGGAGCUUUCACAAUGCCAUGUGCACGUUAACUCCAGUUUCCGUCAGUGACUUCAUUCAGAGACAGGGUUGGGCUCCUAGCAACCAUGGUCUGCACUCACAUGAGUAAUGCUUUACAGUUGUAUGCAAACUCUGAGACACCACUGGCAAAAUGAGACAUGCCAUUAAGAAAACUGCAGUUAAAUAGAAAGGUAGAGCAAGAAAUCUAAUAUAAAACGUCAGAUGUGAAUAAGAAAAUCUGUUGAAACUAAAACUAAUAACUGACAGCUGGAUUGCACUAAAUGUUAGCAAAACCUGGCUGCCCAUGUCUUGCAGUCAGUCAAAAAAGUGAAACUAAAAAUGGGACAAAACAUCUCCUGACUUGAACGUUAUUGUUGAAAUCUGUUUUCUGCACUUGUAGUCUUUUCACUGCAAUAAUGUCUUAGUCAACUGAGACAAAUAGCGAGAAAAAUGUAAUGUAAAAUAGGUUAACGUAUGCCAUGUGUUCAACAUCCUUCACGUUACGCAAUGUCAAGCCAUUAAAAUGCGGUGCAGCCGCCUACUAUAAUUCAAAACGGCCAUAUCACUUUUCUGUGAUCAUAGGUUUAUGUCAUGCUUUACUAGCUUGGAUCAUCCUUCACCAAAAUACCCAUCAGGUUUCUCUUGCAGUGACGAUCACAAGCUUUGAUUUACCUCUGCAAUAAUCUAGGACACUGAACAAAUGUGAAGGUGAAACAAUACAUCAAAUCAGGCCCUGUCCCUCUUCCGUCCUUGGGUGGUGUCAGAAAGAAAUUUAAUGCUUGGAUGUUACCAGCCAAAUUCAGUUUGGCAUGUCUCCAAAUGUCAUCUUACCUUUUAAUUUAUUCAGUGAGCUACAGAGAUAAAUUGUCCAUCGUGAUAAAAAAAAAACAUAUAUAUAUCUUUGACAUUUAAGUGAUCAACAGGUUCUUGAGGUAAACUGACAUAAAGUGGUUGUUGUCCUGUCUGACACACUUAUGCUAAUGUGGUGUACUGAGUCACCCUAAUAGCUACAUCACAAGCAGCAGCUGCCAUCUCGCAGUCAUUUCCUAUUACAGAUAAUUGAAUGCAAUGUGAGUGAAGUCUCUCUCGUUCUAAUAAGCUUUUUAACACAAUAGCAUUAGGAUUGUCCAGCUAAUAGGAUGCAAACUCUCAGCUUUGAUCAGGCACGUUGGUGCACUUGAGUCAGUAUCAACUCACUAAUGUACUGGUACUGAUCUAAUUACAGUGCAGAGAGGGGAUAAUAAGGGGUAUUGUUCCCACUGACAAUCUUAACUUUUCCCUUAAAGCACAUAUUUCUUCUCUUUUCAUCAUUUUGAUGGGAUUUCAGUUUCUCCAUUGUCUAGAUGCCUGCAUUGUUUUCAGUAUUUAUGAAUAAAUGGUGUUUGUAUUGUU